GGUCGCAUCGUGCGCCGGCAAGGGAAACGUCUCGAGUAACGCGCGCUUCCUGAGAAGGAGAACAAAAAAGACUCAGCAACAUGGAUACUGACUUAUAUGAUGAAUUUGGAAAUUAUAUUGGUCCGGAGCUUGAUGAUGAUGAUGAUGAUGAUGAAAUGGGUCGUGAGUCAAAAGAUCUUGAUGAGCCUGAUGAUGAUGAUGAUGACGAUGAUAUGGGAGACCAUGAUGAUGAUCACCCUGGGAUGGAUGUAGUGUUACAUGAGGAUAAGAAAUAUUAUCCAACAGCUGAGGAGGUGUAUGGUCCUGAAGUAGAAACUAUAGUGCAGGAAGAAGAUACACAGCCUCUUACAGAACCUAUUAUUAAACCAGUGAAGACCAAGAAAUUUUCCCUCAUGGAGCAAACAUUGCCGAUUACAGUAUAUAAAAUGGAAUUUCUUGCAGAUUUGAUGGACAACUCAGAACUGAUCCGGAAUGUUACACUUUGUGGACACCUACAUCAUGGGAAAACUUGUUUUGUGGAUUGCCUGAUUGAACAAACACAUCCUGAGAUCAGGAAGCGAUACGACCAGGAUCUUUGCUAUACAGACAUUCUAUUCACUGAGCAAGAAAGGGGUGUUGGGAUUAAAAGCACACCAGUGACCACUGUCCUUCCAGACACCAAGGGCAAAUCAUUUCUCUUCAAUAUCAUGGAUACACCUGGUCAUGUAAACUUCUCUGAUGAGGUCACAGCAGGUCUUCGCAUUUCUGAUGGUGUGGUACUUUUCAUUGAUGCAGCUGAGGGGGUCAUGCUGAACACUGAGCGGUUAAUCAAGCAUGCAGUACAGGAAAGAUUGGCAGUGACCGUGUGUAUUAACAAGAUUGAUCGACUGAUAUUAGAACUGAAGCUGCCACCUACUGAUGCCUAUUAUAAGCUGCGGCACAUAGUGGAUGAAGUCAAUGGCUUAAUCAGCAUGUAUUCCACAGAUGAGAACCUGAUCCUUUCACCUCUUUUGGGCAAUGUUUGUUUUGCCAGCUCUCAGUAUAGCAUUUGUUUCACACUGGGUUCCUUUGCCAAGAUAUAUGCUGACAUGUAUGGAGACAUCAAUUACCAGGAGUUUGCUAAGCGACUGUGGGGAGAUAUCUAUUUCAACCCCAAGACGAGAAAAUUCACUAAAAAAGCACCAACAAGUAGUUCCCAGCGAAGCUUUGUGGAAUUUGUUCUUGAGCCUCUUUACAAAAUACUGGCCCAGGUAGUUGGAGAUGUAGAUACCACCUUGCCUCGAACUUUGGAUGAACUUGGAAUUCAUCUGACCAAGGAAGAGUUGAAAUUAAACAUCCGCCCCCUCUUGAGGCUUGUGUGCAAGAAAUUCUUUGGAGAGUUCACAGGUUUUGUGGAUAUGUGUGUGCAACACAUCCCCUCCCCUAAAAUAGGGGCAAAGACCAAGAUUGAGCAUACUUACACAGGCGGCGUUGACUCUGACCUAGGAGAGGCCAUGAGUGAAUGUGAUCCUGAUGGUCCACUUAUGUGCCACACCACAAAAAUGUAUAGUACAGACGAUGGGGUCCAAUUCCAUGCAUUUGGUAGGGUGUUAAGUGGAACCAUCCAUGCAGAGCAACCUGUCAAGGUCCUUGGUGAAAACUACACUCUAGAAGAUGAAGAAGAUUCACAGAUUUGCACUGUGGGACGCCUUUGGAUCUCUGUAGCAAGGUACCAUAUAGAAGUUAAUAGAGUGCCAGCUGGUAACUGGGUGCUUAUUGAAGGAGUAGACCAGCCUAUUGUGAAGACAGCCACUGUCACUGAGCCCAGAGGCAAUGAAGAGGCUCAGAUAUUCCGUCCCUUGAAGUUCAACACCACAUCUGUGAUCAAAAUAGCUGUGGAGCCCGUAAAUCCAUCUGAGCUGCCCAAAAUGUUGGAUGGCCUGCGGAAAGUCAAUAAAAGCUAUCCCUCUCUCACCACCAAGGUGGAAGAAUCUGGGGAACAUGUGAUCUUGGGAACAGGAGAGCUCUAUCUUGACUGUGUAAUGCAUGAUCUUCGGAAAAUGUAUUCAGAGAUUGAUAUCAAGGUAGCUGAUCCUGUGGUCACAUUCUGUGAGACAGUUGUGGAAACAUCUUCCCUGAAGUGUUUUGCUGAGACACCCAAUAAGAAAAACAAGAUUACAAUGAUUGCUGAGCCUCUAGAAAAGGGUCUAGCUGAAGAUAUUGAGAAUGAAGUUGUGCAAAUAACAUGGAACAGGAAAAAGCUGGGAGAGUUUUUCCAGACAAAAUAUGACUGGGAUUUGUUGGCAGCUCGUUCUAUCUGGGCUUUUGGACCAGAUGCUACUGGACCAAACAUCUUGGUGGAUGAUACCUUACCCUCAGAGGUUGACAAAACACUCUUAGGUUCUGUGAAGGACAGUAUUGUGCAAGGCUUCCAGUGGGGGACUAGGGAAGGGCCCCUAUGUGAUGAAUUAAUUCGCAAUGUGAAAUUUAAGAUAUUGGAUGCUGUUAUUGCUCAGGAACCACUACAUCGUGGAGGUGGACAGAUCAUUCCAACAGCCCGUCGAGUGGUGUAUUCUGCCUUCCUCAUGGCCACACCACGGUUAAUGGAGCCAUAUUACUUCGUGGAGGUACAGGCUCCUGCUGACUGUGUCUCUGCAGUGUACACUGUCCUGGCCAGGCGUAGAGGCCACGUGACCCAAGAUGCACCAAUCCCAGGAUCCCCUUUGUAUACUAUCAAAGCCUUUAUCCCAGCUAUUGACUCAUUUGGAUUUGAGACAGACCUCAGGACACAUACCCAAGGACAAGCAUUCUCUCUCUCUGUCUUCCACCACUGGCAAAUUGUGCCAGGAGAUCCCCUGGACAAAAGCAUCGUGAUCAGACCUCUUGAGCCACAACCAGCCCCCCACCUGGCCAGAGAAUUUAUGAUCAAAACUAGACGCAGGAAGGGUCUAAGUGAGGAUGUGAGCAUCAGCAAGUUCUUCGAUGAUCCUAUGUUGCUGGAAUUGGCCAAACAGGAUGUGGUAUUGAACUAUCCCAUGUGAUUAUGCUGGAUUUGGCUCCGUUCCACCUGUUCCUCCUCUGCCACGUAGUAGCAUUUUCCCAGCAAGGCUGUUUCACUCUUGCUACUAUUAUCCCAUAGUCAAGACAGAUUUUUGGCAUAUCACUUUUAUAAGAGCAAAUCCCAGAUUUGUUGUGAACAAAUCUCUUAAGCGAUCAUCCUGCUUCAUUCUUCAAUGAGGCUUCAUACCUUCCCUUAGAGAACUGAGCUGUGCUCGUGUCCUCAAUUUACUAUGUUGGAAAAGCCUAAUUUCAAGCCCAUUCAAUUGUGUUCAUUUUUUAAUUAUUUUUUUAGAAAAAAGAUACGCAACCAAUGUUAAUUUAUCUUUGUCUAAAACAAUACAGAGCUGUUUGAAAGAUUAGGGAAAAAUUUAAUCUCUUCCAUUCCAACUGAAUUGUGAUUUAAUAAUCCCACUUGCUCUCAGUGGGCAGCAUGGUGAUUCUUUACUACCAAAUACUUUUUGGCUCAUGAAGGAUAAAGAACUCAGUAACAGUUCCAUAAGAGAAUAUUUACUGCCCUCUUGAAGUUAACAGGAGAUACAAAUGUAUAAAGUCCCAUUUUUCUUGUUUGUAUGAAGUCCCAUUCAUUAAAGUUUUACUUUGGACAUUUGAUUUAGGUUUUGAUGUAGGAAUAGUAUGAAGAGAAUAAAUAUUUUUAUGUCUUGAAAUA